AUGUCGUCCUAUCUAUUAAUUCACUGUGAUUUGUAUCCUGUAAUAUAUCUAUCUGGCGUUAAAUCACUCGACAUGCAUAUCUUUGUUCUUCUCCCUUGCAUAAUUUUUUCCAUUGUCCUAUUUAAAAUCUUUCUUUCUUUCUUUCUUUCUUUCUUUCUUUUCUUUCUUUCUUUCUUUCUUUCUUUCUUUCUUUCUUUUCUUUUCUUUCUUUCUUUUUUCUUUCUUUCUUUCUUUUUUUCUUUCUUUCUUUCUUUUUUUCUUUCUUUCUUUUCUUUUUCUUUCUUUCUUUCUUUCUUUUUUCUUUCUUUCUUUUUUCAUUUUUUCUUUCUUUCUUUAAUUACGUUGUUUCCCUUUUAUUCCUUUAAUCCCUUUCUUCUUCCUAUUCUUUGUUUGUUUAUGUCUUUGUUUCUUUCUUUAACUUCUUUCUUUCUUUCUUUCUUUUUCCAUCCCUUUCCUUUCUUUCUUUUUUCUUUCUUUCUUUUUUAUAGUUUCAUUAUUUUCGACUUACUUUCAUCUUGUUUAUUAUUGCUUCCUUUAUUCCAAUUUUUCUUUCUUUCUCUUUGUUUGUUUGUUUCUUUCUUUUAUCAUCGUCAUUAUUGCAUCUUUUUCUUUUCUCUUUUUCUUCUUUUUACUAUUUUUCUCGUUUUGCUUCUUCAUCCAUUCACAUUUCUUUCCAUAUUACUCUUUUGA